AAAAAACAAAGUUUGAAGGAGCAGAAAAAGUCUGAAAAGCCAGCAAAACAAAAGGUCUCAAAUUGGACAGGUGAAAACCAGGGAUGGGGACAAUCCCAGUCGACAUUAGGCGCCUUUUGGAUGACUGUGAGCUGUUUGUAACUGAGAUCCUUGACGGUGAGAACCUCAGUGAAAAUGCCCACGAGACACGCGAAGUCUUACUGAAUAACUUCAGAGUGGUCCAUAAUAGGAACCCUCAAGAAUUCCCCAUUUCAUUGGACCUAAGAGACGACGAUGGUUCUGAUGACAACCGCAGCUCCAGUCUGGGUCGCUCUGACGACGCCUCAGUAGCCUCUGACUACCAGGAUGAUGGAGGCCCUGAGUACUUUGACAUCCCUCCUGUGGCAGCCCAGGACCUCGGCAACAUCUUAAAACAAGGCUUCUUGGAGAAGAAACGAAAAGAUCACAGCUUCUUCGGCUCUGAGUGGCAGAGGAGAUGGUGUGUUCUCAACAAUUCAAUAUUCUACUACUUUGGAAGUGAAAAAGAUAAGCAGCAGAAGGGCUCCUUUUAUAUCAUCGACUACAGCGUGCAGCUGGUGCCCAACCUGAGGAAAGACGGCAAAAAAGCUGCAUGUUUCGAGCUCUUUUGCCCCGGACGGAGGCCUUUCCAGUUCACUGCCAGCAGUCCUCAGGAGGCCAGGGAAUGGGUGGACCAGAUCAAUUUUGUACUUAGAGACCUCCGCUCCUCCUCCAUCCCCUGCGAUGACGACGAGGAGUGCGAGGAGGAGGAAGAGGAGACCUAUGAUGACAUUGAGGGGUUGACCGCACCUCCCCAGGCCUCUCACGGCGGCAAACUGGGAGGAGGGCGUGAGGCGGGGGAGGUCGACGAUGAGGACGAGGAUAUCUACGAGGUGCUGCCAGAAGAGGAUUUCACUGAGCCAACAGACGAGAGCGGUGAGAAGAACAACAAACCAGCCCCGUCAUCAGAUUACGCUAACUACUACCAGUGUUUAUGGGACUGCCAGGCCGACGAGCCGGACGAGCUGGACUUCCAGAGAGGAGAUCUCAUCUACAUCGUUAGCAAGGAGUACAACAUUCACGGCUGGUGGGUCGGCGAGCUGAACGGCACCAUGGGGAUCGUCCCCAAGGACUUCCUGCACCCUGCCUACAUCCUCUGAGCUCCAACAGCUGCUGCUGCUGACGGCCUCGUCAGAUAAUCUGUUGUCAUUUGAAAAUGAUCCUCUGUCAUAAAACUGGAAGUUAAAUCAUGUAGAUCUGCUGCAGGACACUAUGAACCACUUUUACCUGCAAUAUUAACAUGAAGACUAGAGUUAAACAAUUAGAGAUUUCUGGCUUUGUUCUGUUUUAUAUACUGGUGCAUCUCAAUACAUUAUAAUAUGAAGGAAAAGUCUAUUUCCAGUAGUUCAAGUCAAAUAGUCCCAACCAAGUAUUGAGUCAUAUAGAUGGACAUGCUUGUCAGAGGCCAACAUUUCCAUAUUUAACACUUUUUAAAAUUGGUCUUUUGUAAUAUUCACAUUUUUUGAGACACUGAAUUUUAGGUCUUCAUUAAAUGUAAGCCAUAAUCAUUAUAAUUAGAAGAAAUUAAAUACAUUAAGACAUUAAAUGUUUCAUUCUCAGUGUAAUGGAUCUAUAUAAUGUGUUAUUUCCAUCUUUUGAAUUGAAUUACUGAAAUAAAUAAACUUUUCUAUGAUUUUCUAAUUUAUUGAGAUGCACCUGGGAUGGACUUUUUUAUUUUUAUUUAUUUAUUUUUUUUACUAUUUUCUGACAUUUUAUAGA